AGAAAAAAAGUAAAAGUUGUCGCUCAGGAGCUCAUUUUGCAGGCAACGAAGUCAGAAAGAAUCACAGCUGCUCUUCGACGCCGCUACAGCAGGGAAAAAUGACUAGGUAUCUGCCGAUUGUCAAAAUUUAUCACUGUAUAAGAUUGUGGUGGAAGUUAGUUUCGCGAUGUUGAGGAACAAAAAUACAUUUUCGAUGAUAAUAAACCCCUAGGGGUUGACUCAAGUGGUAAAAGCCUUGGUCUUUGUGGUGUGCUCCUUCUAAGAUCCAAGGGGGCAUCAAACUGAGAGUGAAAGCCGGAUCAAAUAAGCUGUUAUGACUUCCUUUUCUUUCUGCCCUUGAAGGUUAGAAGGAACAGGCGAUAAGGAAGAGAAAACAAAUCAGAGAUGUUCUCAUUGUUUUAUGGGCUUUGGAAGUAUAUGUUUAGUAAGAUUGAGUUUCAUAUCCUCAUUCUUGGAAUUGACAAGGCUGGGAAAACAGCUUUGUUGGAAAAGUUGAAGUCGGUGUAUUCAAACUUGGAAGGCCUCCCUCCUGAUCGAAUUGUUCCUACCGUAGGACUCAAUAUAGGUCGUAUUGAAGCAUCAAAUACAAAACUUGUGUUCUGGGACCUUGGAGGUCAGCCUGGUCUACGUUCUAUUUGGGAGAAAUAUUAUGAAGAAGCACAUGCCGUGAUAUAUGUAAUUGAUGCUGCUUGUCCGGCACGCUUUGAAGAUUCAAAAUCUGCACUGGAAAAGGCUCUUCGACAUGAAGAUUUGCAAGGAGCCCCUCUUUUGAUAUUAGCAAACAAGCAGGAUCUUGCUGAAGCCGUAUCAGCCGAAGAACUUGCCCGAUACUUUGAUCUUAAAAAAUUGGAUGAAAGGGUUUACAUGUUUGAAGGUGUUUCAGCAUAUGAUGGGAUGGGGAUUAAAGAAAGUGUAGAAUGGCUAGUGGGUGCAAUGGAGAGAAGCAAGAGAACUGAAACGUUAAGAGUUCGUGCAGGCGUAACUGGCUCUGCUACUGCAUAGAAGAGGUUAUAUCACAUUGAAGUUGUAUUUAUUAUUUAUUUUUAUUUUUUUUGCCUCACUUUUAAAUUCUGGAGAUAAAUCAGGUUUUAGUAUUAGAUUCUAAAUGAUUACAAAUUAGUUUUCUUUUAAAUACAUAGUUGGCCUAGUAGUGCUUAUUGUAAUUUCACCAACAGAAUUGCAAAUAAUACUUAUUAUUACUCGUUUUA